AUGCUAUAUGAGAUCAAUAACCCAUAUAUAUCUAUAUACCGCACGGCCCAGGAUCGGCUCAACAGUAGCGCUGCAGACGCCCGCGUCAUACUAACCAGCAGGCUUACACUAGCCCUAGAGACUGGGCAGGACCGCCGCAGGGAGAACGUACCUACUAGCGAUGAGCUAGGCCUAGUGAUACCUGACGCAGCAGGUGCAGAGACGUCCCGUCCCAUCGUCCUAGCGGCCCGUAACUCCAGCGCCCUGUUUACUAUCAGCGCCGCCCACCCAUCUUACAUGCCGCUACACUACGUACUGAUGUUUCCCCACGGGGAUUCUGGGUGGCGGCCGGGGCUAACGCUCCGUAACCAGGACGGAUCCCGUCUGCAGACGUCGCUGACCCAGCAAACCUACUAUCGAUACUAUCUACACCCCCGCCCUGGGCAGACUACAAAUCCGUUCCGCUUCUACAGGCUGUUUCAGCAGUACGUUGUGGAUAUCUGGGCUAUCUGCGACCAGGCCCGGCUGGCCUGGAUCCGAGCAAACCAGGCACAGCUGCGGGCAGACCUGUAUAGCGGUGUUGCUGAUGCCGUUAUGGGCAACAACGACGCCCAGGCAGGCCCUGUUGGACGCCGCGUUGUCCUGCCGUCGUCCUAUCUAGGCAGCUCACGAUUUGUCAGCCAGUGCUAUCAGGACUCUAUGGCUAUCGUCCGUCGAUAUGGCCGCCCUACCCUGUUUAUCACUUUUACAGCUAGCCCAUACUGGCCAGAGGUUGCCCGUGAGCUCCGCCCUGGGGAGACAGGCCUGAAUCGGCCUGAUCUAAUCUGCCGGGCCUUCCAUCUGAAGGUGCAGAAGCUAGUAGCCGAUGUGAAGAGCAACCUGUUCGGCACCCAUCUGGGCCACGUGUACACGAUUGAGUACCAGAAACGGGGCCUGCCCCAUAUACACCUGCUGCUGUUCCUGACCCCACACGACCGCGAGGCGUUCACGGAUCCUGUAACAAUUGAUAGCACUAUCCGGGCUGAGAUCCCUUCCCCUGUGGAUGACCCAGACGGCCUGCUUACAGAGGUUGUACGGACCUUCAUGCUUCACGGGCCAUGUGGGGAGCACAAUCUGCAGGCCCCGUGUAUGGUGCCUCAGCGCGACAGCGCCCCGCCGCGGUGCUCUAAGAACUUUCCCAAGCGUUACUGCCCAUCUACAGUGGUCCAUGAGGACGGGUACCCUGAGUAUCAGCGCCGGGAUGAUGGCCGCACGCUUGCUGUACGGUGUAAGGGCCGUAUUGUACACCUUAAUAACAGCUGGGUUGUCCCGUAUAACCCUGGUCUGCUCCGUAAGUACUGGGCCUAUAUCAAUGUAGAGGUUUGCGGCACUAUCCACGCUAUCAAAUACGUCCACAAGUACAUCUACAAGGGCACUGACAGGGCAGUACUAAACGUCUCAGAAGCAGAUGAGGUUAAGCAGCAUCUAAACGGGCGAUAUAUCAGUCCAUCUGAGGCUGUUUGGCGGCUGUUUGAGUACCCAGUACACAUGGAGCGGCCCACUGUAGUGCCCCUAGCGGUCCACCUACCGAAUGAGCAGAUAGUUACGUUCCCUGCUAACGCUACCACUGCAGAGUUAUCAGCCCGCCUGGAGCGAUCUGUAACUACGCUUACGGCGUUCUUCCAGCGCAACGCUGACCAUGAGUAUGGCCGUGAGGUCCUAUAUCAGGACUAUCCAUCCCAGUUUGUUUGGCACCUCCCGUCACGGACCUGGCACGUGCGUCAGCGCGGCACUGCGAUUGGCCGCAUGUACUUUUGCAGCCCGCUACAGGGUGAACGGUUCUAUCUACGGCUUCUCUUGACUACCGUACGGGGUCCACAGUCCUACGCGGACCUGCGUACCUUUAGCGGCACAGAGUAUCCUACUUUCCAGGCCGCCGCAGCUGCCCGCGGGUUACUGCUACACGAUGGAGACUGGGUAGCCUGCUUCCAGGACGCCGUUACGUUUGCCACAGGCCAGGCGUUACGGUACUUCUUCGUUGCUGCUCUCUUAAAUGGGCCUGUUACAGAUCCAGCUGCUAUCUGGGCAGCCUUCCAGGCGGAUUUGUGUGACGACUUACCUGAGGCUGCUGCUGCCCUGCUAGUAUCCGCAGAUCCAGACGCGUACCUUGACUACGGCCUGUAUCUGAUAGAAGGGCUGCUGGCAGAGUCUGGCAAACGUCUUACGGAUUUCUCACUCCCUGCGUGCCAGUUCAACUGGGGAGUACGGCUGCAGAAUCAGCUUCUUGCCGCUGAGCUGGCCUACGAUACAGACGGGCAGGACACUGCCUUCUAG